UCUGACGCAACAUCCGGGGACUUGAUGGCGGUGGCGUUCAGGGCCGCUGUGCUUCUCAACGCUGCGAAGGUUGUUCUGUGUCAGUCCCUCUGCUGCCACUUGUCAAAUAUUAAAGUAUGUAGGUGAGCUAGGAUACCUGUAAGAAAAAAUAAUGAAAUAAAGAUAAAUUCAGUUCGCCAGCUGACUCUCUAUUUAGUUUCUGAAGUGUCUGUCACCUCUGCAACAGCAGUCACGUUGCUCCAGCUCCACACAGUGGACAUGUUGCAUGCCCUGUGAAGCGAAGCCUCGGUUUGUGGUCCUGUACGGCUCUCAGAAGGGUCAAGCCCAGUCCAUAGCGGAGGGCGUCGCUGAGGAGGCCGAGGGGCACGGACUGGUUGCCGAUCUCGCCUGUUUGAACCAGGACGAUAAGUAUAAUUUGGAGAAAGAAACUGCCCCGGUGGUUUUUAUCGUGUCGACUACAGGGGAAGGGGAACCGCCGGACAACGCUCAUCAUUUUGUAAAGCGCAUCAGGAAGAAAACCCUCUCUGCCGACCACUACAAGCACCUGUCCUAUGCACUUUUAGCUUUAGGAGACACAAAUUAUGCAGAUUUCUGCAACUGUGGGAAGACGAUUGAGCGUCGGCUGCAGGAACUUGGCGCCAAACAGUUCUAUGCGUCGGGAUAUGCAGAUGAUGGCACAGGGCUGGAGGUGGUUAUAGAUCCCUGGCUCGAAGGGCUGUGGGAUGCAAUCAAAGAAGCCGUAUCGAAAAUGGCUUCUGACAGGACUCCCCACUUGAAAGAGAACGCAGAAGAUUCAGCCAAAGAAGCUCCUCAUUCAUCUGCACCAGAUGUCCAACUGAACCUCUUAAGCAUCACCGACCACCAGCAGAACUGCCAGUCGGUCAAAGCCGACUCCAAAUCUGCAUCCGCCGCCGCUUCGCCUUCACCUUCCACCGCCUCUGAUGCCAGGCCAGCUCCUCCUGCCGGGGGCCCUGUGUUUUCAUCCCAGUCUGGCGGCGCUGCCAAUGUUUCGACGUCGGCAUCAGAAACGCAGGGAGAGGUUGAUGCUGGAGUUCCCCGCGAUGCGCUGGUGGCUUCGCUGACGUCCUCCGUGCCGCCGCUGUCCGAGUCCUCGCUUAACGUUCCCGCUCUGCCUUCUCCGUUCUUAGACGUCUCUCUUCACGAGGUGGACACUUUGGAACAGAUCGAUGGACCGCCGAAUAAACAGGCUCUCCGUGAGGUGCCGAUAUCCAAGGCAGUUCAGCUGACGACCGGAGAUUCUGUCAAGACAGCGCUUCUCCUGGAGCUGGACAUCUCCAGCGACCCGACCGUAGCCUAUGAGCCGGGAGAUUCUUUUGACGCGUUCUGCCCCAACAGACCCGCGGAGGUGGACGACCUGCUCCGCAGACUGGGCCUCCUCAAACAAAAGCACCAUCAUGUCAAAGUUUCUCUGAGGAAGGACACCAAUAAGAAAGGUGCCCAGGUGCCGUCCUACAUCCCCCAGGACGUUUCUCUGCAGUUCCUGCUCACAUGGUGUCUGGAGAUCAGGAGUGUCCCGAAGAAGGCGUUUCUGCGAGCGCUGGUGGAGCACACGGGGGACCAGGGGCACAGGAGGAGAAUGCAGGAGCUAUGCAGCAAACAAGGAGCUGCAGACUACAACCUGUACGUGAGAGGACCGGGCCUCGGCCUCCUGGAGCUCCUCACAGCCUUCCCGUCCUGCUCGCCUCCUCUCAGCCUCCUCCUCGAGCAUUUGCCGAAACUGCAGCCAAGGCCUUAUUCAGCAGCGAGCUCCUGCCUCAGACACCCAGGAAAGCUGCAUUUCGUCUUCAACGUGGUAGAGUUCCCCGCAUGCUCCGGGCGGCCCGCGGGGAGCCGAGGCUUGUGUACCGGUUGGCUGUUUGACCUCAUCAAUCCUGGCCUGGUUUUCCCUGGGAAGUCUGAAUCCUCCGUCAGCCCGACUCCGCCAAAGAUCCAUAUCCGUUUGAGACCCAACUGCACCUUUCGGCCUCCCUCUGACCCCUCGCUGCCCUUCAUAAUGGUCGGACCAGGCACCGGAGUGGCUCCGUUCAUCGGCUUUCUCCAGCAACGAGAGGAGGAGAAGAGGCAGAAGAACCCGGAGGCCGUGUUCGGCGAGACCUGGCUGUUCUUCGGUUGUCGCCACAGGGACGGAGACUACCUGUUCAGAGAGGAACUGGAGGGCUUCGUGUCCAGCGGCACCCUGAGCCACCUCAAAGUCUGCUUCUCCAGAGACGAAGGGAAGGACAAGGAGUCAGCACAACCCAGAUACGUCCAACACAAUCUGCUGCUGAACAGCCGCCACGUCGCCGACAUCCUGCUCAGACAGAACGGUUAUAUCUACGUCUGCGGGGACGCCAAGAACAUGGCUAAAGACGUGAACGAGACCCUGGUGGAGAUAAUUAAAGCGGAGCUUCAGGUGGACGUGUUGGAGGCCAUGAAGAGACUGGCCGGGCUUAGAGAGGAGAAACGCUACUUACAGGACAUCUGGGGCUGACGGUGGGCGGUGAGAUAAGGGCAUUUUACAGCGUCUACCGGGCUUACUUACACCUCCAAGAAAAAUAAUAAAAAAAUAAAUCAGCACGCUCAGCUGUAACUUCCAGAAACGAUAAAAUUGCCGAAUCCCGGAGGUAGUUUACGCCACCCAAUGCUAUCAAGAUGGAAUGUUCCACGCUGACCCGGGGAUAUCGGUUCACUACAUCAUCUUAGACUUUGAACAAAAAUGACCUUGGCCGUAGCGCCUGAGAUUGGUCCUACAGUGUGAAAACGCCUCCUCUAUAGACAUCGGUUUUGUCCUUCCUUGGGAAAAUGCAUUUGCUUCCGUCGGCUGUGAUGGAGCGAUUUUGAUGAGACGGAGAAGCGGGAUAUCGGCCCCGACCUUGAUGGAAACAACACCGCAAUCUGUAGUACUUAAAUAACACAGAGUCAGGAAAUUGUUUAUUGUCAUUCAGAGAAGAAAGGUUUGGCUUUGCUUUUGUUUUUUUAUUUGUUUUUUUGUGUAAAACCACCACUGCUGGCUAAAUUCCCCACUGUGUAAAAUUUGAGGUUUGUUUUUGUUUUCUGUCAUAUUUUAAUCCAGAACACUAUGCAUAUAUUUUUGCCUUUUUUCCUCCCGUUAUUAAGGCACAUGAACAGGUACAGAGAUGAGGACGGAGACAGGGAGCGAAUCUCAGGGACGAUGAGCAGUUCAUCUGACUGACUUUGUGUUCGUCUGUCCGCCCUCACGUACCGAGCUCUCACUGCCCGUCUGGAGGCGACCAACUCCCAACUUUUCUAAGUCCUCCAAAACCGAACCAAAUCUCCCAAACUGUGGGUAAAACAAACGCAUCUGUGCUUUGUGUGAGCAGCGAUUAAAGUACAUUUCGAAUAUAAA